UAACAAAAUAUCAAAACUUGAAUGCGGUCGGUUCCUCGCAGUCGGAGUCCCGUUUUCUCUGUUUUCUGUCGUGUUCGUUUUGCGUAAUCAAUGUAUAGUGGUAAUUGAAUUAAACGCACCUAACUAGGCGUAUUAUGAAAAGUGUUUUUAUGCUGUGAACAUUUCUUAAGACUGUACCAUCAUUGCUGACAGUGGAAAACGUUGAAAACGUGCAAGGCGUAUUUGUGUGGUUGUCCAACUCGUGUAUGAGAAGAACGAAGCAAUAGCGCGGUUGGGUGGUGCCGAAUGAGUUUCGAAUAUUUUUAUCAGCUUCACUAUCACCGCGAUCGUUGAACUGUACAACGGGUUGUGAACGGUUGUGAUUGAAUAGCGAAGGGAGCAACUAUAACGAAUCGUACCCUGACUGCACUAAAGGUUGAGUUAUAGACGGAAGUUGCUCAAAAUAAACGCACUGCAAAGUGUGACCGGAUAUUGUUUUAUUUGUACCGGUAACGUUGUAAGCCGGUGCAAUGGCUGAAGCACAUUCAGCUGUUGCUUUUUCCUUCUCAAUCACCCACGAAGGAUGGGACAUCAAUUACGAUCGUGAGGUCUUGGAUCUUGUUUGGCAGUCGGGUGUCCGAUCCUGGAAGAAACGAUUGGCUCGAUUCCGGACAGGAGUACGCAACGGUGUUUAUCCGGCUCAUCUGCAAAGUUUGUGGCUGGUGAUAGCAAUCGCGAUAGGAUUACAUUUUACACAACGACACGUUCCGUUCGAUCUGGUAGCCAAAUGGUUAUCAAUUUUACCAGGCAAUUCACUGCAAUGGCAGUUGACGGCAUGUUCACUAGCCGGGUUGGUAGUUUGGUUAUCAAUUUGCUACACAAUGCGUUACUCGCUAAAACUGUUGCUGAUGUACAAAGGGUGGAUGUAUGAAAAACGUGCACCGGGUAGCAGAGUUUCCUUGGAGACAAGAAUGUGGGGAUUGUUCGUGAAAAUACUUGCCACCUGGAAUAAGCCAGGACUGUACAGCUUCCAAGGAUCGCUCCCAAGGCUACCGUUGCCAAGCGUGCAAGAUACGAUGACCCGCUACCUUCGGUCCGUGCGUCCACUGUUGGAUGAUACGAACUACAACCGUAUGGAACGGCUGGCGAAAGAAUUCCAGCUAGGCAUCUCGACAAAAUUACAACGAUAUCUGUUCCUCAAGAGUUGGUGGUCCACUAACUAUGUAUCCGAUUGGUGGGAAGAGUACGUCUAUCUGCGUGGACGUGGCGCACUGAUGGUAAAUAGCAACUUUUACGGUAUCGAUGCCAUUUUCAUGCAUCCAACCAAAGUACAGAGUGCGCGUGCCGCCAGUGUGGUAAAUUUGUUGCUACAGUUCCGCCGUACUGUUGAACGCCAGGAACUCGAGCCGAUUCUAGUGCAAGGUUUGGUGCCUUUGUGUUCGUGGCAGUAUGAGCGUAUCUUCAACACCGUACGUGCUCCCGGUGUAGAGAGCGAUAAGAUCAUUCACUAUCAAGAUUCGAACCACAUCGUCGUCCUGUAUCGUGGCUGUUACUACAAAGUUAUCAUCUAUCACAAUGGUCGAAUUUUGCGUCCGUGCGAGUUGCAAAUUCAGAUCGAAUUCAUCUUGCAACAGGGUGCGGAAAAACCUCAGCCUGGUGAAGAAUUGUUGGCGUCGUUGACUGCUGGAGAUCGUACAAAAUGGGCCCAGAUUAGGCAAACGGUGUUUGCAAAAGGUGUAAACCGCACAUCGCUGCACACAGUCGAAAGUGCCGCGUUCGUGCUGUCUCUCGAUGAGAAACCAUUCGAAUUUGAUUUGGCACAUCCGGAAAAGUUGGACCAAUUUGGACGAUACUUGUUGCACGGCAAUGGACACGAUCGUUGGUUCGACAAGAGUUUUACCGUGUGUGUUGGUAGCAACGGAAGGAUCGGAUUCAAUGCGGAACAUACGUGGGCGGAUGCAGCCGUUAUGUCGCACAUUUGGGAAAUGUUGAUCAUGGGAGAAACUGAGCAGCGGGCUGAUGCACCUGUUAUGGCACAUGUUUGGGAAAAUAUUGUCGCUGAAGAGGCAACCAAUAAACGAUAUGACGAAAAUGGCAACACUGCCGGCAUUCCUGAGUUCGAACCACCGACUCCUAAACGUUUAGCAUGGGACCUGAACGAUAGAGUAGCGCUGGACGCUAUAGAUGAGGCGCACAUUGCUUCCCAAAAGCUGUUGAAUGAUGUGGAUUUGCGGAUUCUGGUACACGAUGCGUACGGUAAGGGAUUGAUGAAGACUUGCCGCCUUUCUCCGGAUGCCUUUAUCCAAAUGGCGCUCCAGCUGGCAUACUAUCGUGAUGCUGGCAAGUUUUCCCUCACUUACGAAGCAUCUAUGACUCGGCUGUUCCGCGAAGGUCGCACGGAAACGGUUCGUCCAUGCACGAUCGAAUCUGCCGCAUGGGUGAAAGCAAUGCUUGAUAAGGAUGUUGCGGUUGAAGAACGUGUCCGGUUGUUGAAUGCGGCCUGCGAACGGCACCAGCUGGGCUACCAGGACGCAAUGUGUGGCAAAGGAAUUGAUCGGCACUUGUUCUGUUUGUAUGUCGUGUCCAAAUAUCUGGAAAUCGACUCGCCCUUCCUUCAGGAAGUGUUGAGUGAACCAUGGAGAUUAUCAACUAGUCAAACGCCGCACGGGCAAACGUCCAAAAUGGACCUGAAGAAGCAUCCAAAUUGCAUCAGUGCGGGUGGCGGCUUUGGCCCCGUUGCUGAUGAUGGGUAUGGUGUGUCGUACAUUGUGGCCGGAGAGGAUCUGAUCUUCUUCCAUAUAUCGUCCAAGAAAUCAUGUGGAACAACGAGUUCGGAAAGAUUUGCGCAGGAAAUAUGUCGCGCUUUGGCAGAUAUGAAGCAUCUUUUCGAGGAAUAUCGUAGUUUACAGAAGAAAACCGCUUCGUCCGGUAACAAAUCGGUUAAAGCAGAGGCCAAAUAGUGAUAGUGCGGGUGACACAGUUUGAAUGUAAUCCCUGUUGCAACAUAUCGUGCAGAAAACAUCAACACGUUUAUAAACAGAACCGAAUUUCUACACAUUAGUGCGUUACAGAAAGGUUUCAUAACCGUCACUGCAGCAGAUGAUAUACCUGUUCACUUUUCUUUCAUCGAAGGUUUUCCCAACGAUAUAUCGUUCUGUAAAAGAAUUUUAUUUGUUAACCGAUAUUUUAUGAAGCUGUGUGACGUAUGGAAAACUACUGCAAUGUUUUCGUUAAAUGAUACUAUUAAUGCUGAUAUUUGUUGGAAAUACUAAUGUAAUGUGAAGUGCAAUGCAGCAGAAUUAUGUUUUCCAUCAAUAGCUUAGAAUAGGUAAAGAUAUAAAAGGAAAGGUAAUAAAAAUCCGUUAAAUGCGGCAGGUUAGUCUAUGAUAAUCGAUUAAGCAUGCAUUAAACACUACUACAGCACAUCAUGGAGAGGUGAGAAUUUGGUUGAUUUUUAGAAAAUAAGCGUGAUCAAAUACGAUCAUAAAGAACUGCUGCUAACUAUGCAAUCAUCAAUGCAAUUGAAAGACAUACCAACAUCCAACACACAACACAACGCCAGGUCAAGUGCAAACAAACAAAACCUGGUUUUCUUAUUAAUUUUUGUUGAGAAGUAGUGAAAAGUGUUUGUUGUAGAUAAUAUUAGAUGGAUACACUCACACAAAAAGGUGAAACUAAUGUUAAUCGAUAUACAUAUAUAGAGCGAAUGGAGAAAUUAGAAACUUUGGUGAGUGGAAGAUAGCAUGAGGAUAAAACAGGGUGGUACGUGCCCGCGAAGACAAACAACUGAAGCUAGCCACUUUUUAAGCAGUUUUACAAUUUAGUAUAAAACCAUAUUUUGGAAAUAAAUACACGUGUACAUCAACAA